ACAAACCCACAGCAUCCACGCACCGGAACACACGGGAGAAUGAUAGCACUCUCUGACUAAUUGUUGCUUUGGAUACGGAGAUUUCUCCCCUUCCCCUGCAUCCAUCUCCCCUGCAGCUCCCCCUCCCGGUGCCAUCGUUGGAACAGAAGCGUGCAUGCAUGGGCUCGUCUGAGCUCACAGCACCUUGAAGCCACUGCGUCCCUCUUCCUUUCCUGCGCAUGGAUUCAAAAGGAACAUUUUUUUUGCAGCCCUGAUAAUCAUUUCUUAAAAUAACCAGAAGAAGCAGGAAUAAGGGGGGACGGUUGAUGUCCCACUGAGGGGCUGGAAGGCGUGCUGGUGACCUGGAGUGUUUCCACUGACACGCAGCUGCACCAACUUAUCAACACUGUUGCAUGUCUCUGGCAAGCCGGGGAUUUAUAGCAAGUCCUGACAGCGGAACAAAGUUGUCCAUCACGCAAAGAUGCAAGCUGAAUCUCAAUGAUGUUCCGGACUUCUUCAUCACAAUGACAUUUGGCUGAAACCUUUCUGGGCCGACACUCUUUUUGCAUGAUCUGCAGCAGGUGACAACCUCAGCCCAACUGGACUCUUGCCUGUUUUACAAAAAAGCCUCGGUUCAGUUCUGAGAGAUGGCUGCAAUCGCCAGCUCUCUGAUUCGCCAGAAACGCCAGGCGAGGGAAUCGAACAGCGACCGCGUGUCCACCUCGAAGCGUCGGCCCAGCCCCAGCAAGGACCCCCGCUCGCUUUGUGAGAGGCAUUUUUUGGGGGUCUUCAGCAAAGUGCGCUUCUGCAGCGGCAAGAAACGACCCGUGCGCCGGCGACCAGACGCACCUUCGAAACCUCCACAGGUGUCCCAUAAGGGCUGCAGGCUAGAGCCGCAGCUGAAAGGCAUCGUGACACGACUGUUCAGCCAGCAGGGCUUCUACCUGCAGAUGCAGCCGGACGGAACCAUCGAUGGCAGCAAGGACGAGAACAACGACCACACCCUGUUUAACCUUAUUCCCGUGGGCCUGAGAGUGGUGGCCAUCCAAGGAGUGAAGAGUGGCUUCUACAUUGGCAUGAACGGCGAGGGCAUGCUCUACAGCUCGGAAAUGUUCACGCCCGAGUGCAAGUUCAAGGAGUCGGUUUUCGAGAACUACUACGUGAUCUACUCGUCCACUGUGUACCGGCAGCAGGAGUCGGGCCGAGCCUGGUUCCUGGGCCUCACCAAGGAGGGCCAAGUCAUGAAAGGCAACCGGGUCAAGAAGACCAAGCCCUCGUCACACUUUGUACCCAGGCCCAUUGAAGUUUGUAUGUACCGUGAGCCGUCGCUGCACGAGAUCGAGGACAAGCACCGCUCUAGGAAGAGCUCAGCGACGCCCACCAUGAACGGAGGUAAAGCCGUCCACCAGGACUCCACAUAGCAGCGGAAGGGAGGGGCUUCCACGGAGGGGCGUGGCCUGACACUCACUUCCUGCCCCCUCAGAAGUUCGCUUCCUGUCAGAAAUAGAGGCGUCGUCGUGACGACCGAGGACCUACUAUGGUACACUUCAGACAAAACAAUCUUGCCUGUGAAAACUUUUAGGAUAAAUAAUAUGAAAGCAGAGAAAAUAUAUAUCUAUAUCAACAUUUUCAAUCAGGACUUGACUAAUAUUUUAUGCAAAAAAGAGAAAAAGCUGUGACACAAGGGAAUGGAGCUUGUCUGUCUUCACACAAAUAAUUGUCAUUUCCAUUUGAUGCUGUGAAAACAAAGCUUUAAUACGUGUUGAUAUGUGGAUUAUUUUGAACAUGUUAUGUUUGCAGCUAAUAACGCACGCCAUCGUGCUGUAAACUAACCAUCGUGUCUUUUUUUCUGCGUGGGACUAAAUGACAGGUUUGGUUAUUUUCUAGUUUCCUCAUGGAUCCCACAGGAUUGUACUUGGCUAGUUGAAGAGCUUCAAAUGGAUCUUCUCAGGUGUGUGCUGUUAAUGACAGGAUGAGGCCGGCGUCAGAAGCAAUAUGAUAACCUAGUAUGUCUUUAGCUUGCAUUACUAGCAGGUUUCCAACAUGAAUUAAGUAUUCAAUACGCUGCUAAGGUGAGAGUUGGCAAGGAACCAACAUGCAGAAUAUACUUCCAUUAGGUAAGAAAAAUGUGAUUUUAUUGUUCAAAAACGCUUUCCUGGCCUUGUGACCAAUGAACUGUGGCGGUGAACUGGUGUAACAAUGCAGAACACCUCAUAAAAUAUGUAGUGCUGGGCCACCCAACAUUCUCCAAGAAAACUGCCCCAUGCCUACAAUGUUUUAGGCCCGAAAAGGAUAAAAGGCAGCAGAUGGAGUGGGAAGAAUACACAAGUUUCACUUCCUUAAAGAUGUGUUUGAAGUACGGUUAGUAUUUCCCAUUUAAGUGAUAUUAUUUAUUUGUAUUUUAUCUUGUUUCAGAGUUCUUCAAACACUUUUUUUGCUACGAGCGUUUCGUUAAGCAAAUGUGAACACAACCUAAAAUAGUUUUAAGUUGUUACCAGGUCAUAAAUGAAUCUGUCAGGACAUAUGCAGCAUUGAGAUUUAUAGUAAUGUUUUGAUAAAGAUGUGGGAAAACUCGUAAACGGCGCGUGCAACAACAACAACAAACAUGGCAGUAGACGCCAAGUUAAAUCAGGAAGUCCUGAUACCAAUUUUCUCUUUUCAGACCUCCAUGCUUUUUCAAAUUUUUAUCUGUUUUGUCGUGACGUCUGGAUCACCAGUUAGUUCGACAUGUCUGGGAAUGCGCCUAAUAGAUAAUCCUUGAGAUCACUUGACAAACCUUUUGUUGGUUCCAUUACGUAGUUUGAUUUGUUUUGCUUGUAUUUGCUUUUAGUGGUAAGAUCUAGUCCCCUUGCGCAUUCAAAUAGUUUGUCUGCACAGUGGCCAUGUUUGUUUGUUGGCCCACCACUUUGUUUACUUUCAAAGUCACGUGACCGACUACAACCUAUUCCCAAAACUCCAAUGAGGUGGUCUAAGUCAAGAAGGGUAUUCCAUCCUUCAAAGCGGCAGAUGUAAAGAUGUGUCCAGUAACCAUCACACAACAAUGGCUCUUCUGGGUGGAGUCAGAGUCAGACUAGUUGGUAGUGGAGCAUGAUUGAUGCAUGACUAGAAUGUUGUUGUGCUGUGUCGAGCCCAUCUCUCAAGAAUUUAGUAGGAUUUUAUGCAAAGGAUUUAUAUAUUUUGAUGAAAAUGAUAGCAGAGACACACUGAUAAGGAAAAAAGCUCACAUUACCAAAUGAAAAAGUGUUAAUGAAUAAUGUCCACAUUUAAAAGGGAACUGGAAUUUCCACCUAUCGUUCGCAAUCCUUAUGAGAGACAAAACAUGUUUUUUUUUGCAUUCUAACUUGUAAUGAUCAUCUUCUUCUAGAUGGCAUCAAUCCAUUGUGCCUCUAAAUCAUUUUAAUACAAAAAACCUCAAUAAUACUUAAUUGAAGUUGUGUAACUUGCAUAAUGUUAACUAAAUCCACUAUGUGAAUUGUGAAUUAUAUUUAUAUAGCGCUUUUUCUCUAGUGACUCAAAGCGCUUUACAUAGUGAAACCCAAUAUCUAAGUUACAUUCAAACCAGUGUGGGUGGCACUGGGAGCAGGUGGGUAAAGUGUCUUGCCCAAGGACACAACGGCAGUGACUUGGAUGGCGGAAGCGGGAAUCGAACCUGCAACCCUCAAGUUGCUGGCAAGGCCACUCUACCAACCGAGCUAAACUGCCCCUAUGGAUUGGACUCUUACACUAUGUCCAUUGCACUGGUCGCCCAGGGGGUAGGGUCCCCGCGUCUGCGGCCCCCUCCAAGGUUUUUUCCCAAUGGGUUGAGUUUUUUCUUGCCCUGAUGUGGGAUCUGAUGUCGUUGUAGCUUGUGCAGCCCUUUGAGACUCUCGUGAUUUAGGGCUAUGUAAAUAAUCUUUGAUUGAUUGAUUGAUUGAUAAUAACCAGGCUGUAGAGACAUUUUUAUUGUAAGAGAGACCACCAAGGAACUAUUUUUCUAGCGUACUAAAACAUCACCGUGCUACAAUAUUGGCAGUAAGCUAGCUUGUACGUCAGCAGCUGAAUGGCAUUUGACCCUGUAAUACACAACACAACGCGGCAUCGUUCUCAUAACAUUACAACUUUACCUUUUUUUGUAACUAUUCUGAAAAUAUCACAACUUUUUUUCUAACUUUUUACUUUACAACUGCAAUAUCGUAACAUUAUGACUUUGUUCUCAUAACACUACAAUUCAGUUUUACUCAUGAGACUCGAUUCUCGUAAUAUUAUGACUUAAUUCCGCCAAUAUUUACAUUUUGACCUUGUAAUACUCCGAUUUUAUUGGGCUCACAUUAAGAUAUUCAUAAUGACGUUAUUGUAGUAACAUUAUGACUUCAAUAUUUGCUAAAAAUAUAUUUGCUGUAUUCUAUUAUUUUCUAAUUGACUUUAUUCUCCAAACAAAGGGAUUCAGAUUUUUCUCGUAAAUUGAUGAUUUUUUUUCUUCUUUCAGUGUGGACCCACUACUGCUUUGUAAAGCAGUCCUGUUAUGACACUUACAGUAGGGAAGGGAUUAUAUAUCUCGCAUGAGCGGUAGAGGGGGGUUAGCUCAUUUUGCGAUUUAGUCUCGCUUUGGUGAUAUUUGUAAUUGCCAUAAAAAACACAUUUUAAGAAGUGGCUAGUGCAACCCUCCAUUUGUCACGUUUCAUGUGUCAGGUGAACGGUGAUGAAUGAAUCCCCUUACUACUGUACUUAGCUGGAAAUGAGUCUAGUUUGAGUGCUUACUUUCCCUUUGAGUUUUCUACUCAGUGUUUGUGAGAAGACAUUGUAAGCAGCACAGUGGGCGUCAUGUGCAGGAAGGUUCAUGUUGACUCCACUUCCACAGUAACCUAGAGCGUAUACAAACCCUGUUUCCAUAUGAGUUGGGAAAUUGUGUUAGAUGUAAAUACAAACGGAAUACAAUGAUUUGCAAAUCAUUUUCAACCCAUAUUCAGUUGAAUAUGCUACAAAGACAACAUAUUUGAUGUUCAAACUGAUAAACAUUUUUUAUUUUGCAAGUAAUCAUAAACUUUAGAAUUUGGUGCCACCAACACGUGACAAAGAAGUUGGGAAAAAUGGCAAUAAAUACUGAUAAAGUUGAGGAAUGCUCAUCAGACACUUAUUUGGAACAUCCCACAGGUGAGCAUGCUAAUUAAAAACAGGUGAGUGUCAUGAUUGGGUAUAAAAGCAGCUUACAUGAAAUGCUAAGUAAUUCACAAAACAAGGAUGGGGCGAGGGUCACCACUUUGUAAGCAAAUUGUCGAACAGUUUUAGAACAACAUUUCUCAACGAGCUAUUGCAAGGAAUUUAGGGAUUUUCCCAUCUACGGUCCCUAAAAUCAUCAAAAGGUUCAGAGAAUCUGGAGAAAUCACUGCAUGUAAGCGAUGAUAUUAAGGACCUUUGAUCCCUCAGGUGGUACCGCAUUAAAAACCUACAUCAGUGUGUAAAGGAUAUCACCACAUGGGCUCAGGAACACUUCAUAAAACCACUGUCAGUAACUACAGUUGGUCGCUAUAUCUGUAAGUGCAAGUUAAAACUCUACUAUGCAAAGCCAAAGCCAUUUAUCAACAACACACAGUAACCCCGCCGGCUUCGCUGGGCCCGAGCUCAUCUAAGAUGGACUGAUGCAAAGUGGAAAAGUGUUCUGUGGUCUGACGAGUCCACAUUUCAAAUUAUAUUUGGAAACUGUGGACGUGGUGUCCUCCGGAACAAAGAGGAAAAUAACCAUCCGGAUUGUUCUACGCCCAAAGUUCAAAAGCCGGCAUCUGUGAUGGUAUGGGGGUGUAUUUGUGCCCAAGGCAUGGGUAACUUACACAUAUGUGAAGGCUCCAUUAAUGCUGAAAGUUUCAUACGUCCCACUGGGUGUGAGUUUUCCUUGCCCUUAUUUGUGGGCCUACCGAGGAUGUUGUAGUGGUUUGUGUUGUGGUUUGUGCAGCCCUUUGAGACACUAGUGAUUUAGGGCUAUAUAAGUAAAAAUUGAUUCAUUGAUACAGGUUUUGGAUUAACAUAUGUUGUCAUCCAAGCAACGUUAUCAUGGACGCCCCUGCUUAUUUCAGCAAAACAAUGCCAAUUCACUUGUUACAACAGCGUGGCUUCGUAGUAAAAGAGUGCGGGUACUUUCCUGGUCCGCCUGCAGUCCAGACCUGUCUCCCAUCGAAAAUGUGCGGCACAUUAUGAAGCGUAAAAUACGACAGCGGAGACCCCGGACUGUUGAACAACUUAAGCUGUACAUCAAGCAAGUAUGGGAAAGAAUUCCACUUUCAAAGCAUCAACAAUUAGUUUCCUCAGUUCCCAAACGUUUAUUGAGUGUUGUUAAAAGAAAAGGUGAUGUAACACGGUGGUGAACAUGCCCUUUCCCAACUACUUUGACAUGAGUUGCAGCCAUGACAUUCUAAGUUUAAAUAUUAUAUGCAAAACAAAAAAAAAAGUAUUUGAGUUUGAACAUCAAAUAUCUUGUCUCUGUAGUGCAUUCAAUUGAAUAUGGGUUAAAAACGAUUUGCAAAUCAUUGUAUUCCAUUUAUAUUUACAUCUAACACAAUUUCACAACUCAUAUGGAAACAGGGUUUGUAGUACAUGCAUUGUAUUCAAUGUGGUAAAGCAAUAUAUUAUCUUUUCUAAAGAGGUUUCUAUUGGUGCAAAGUGAAAGUGGUGCAUGUUAAUUGGAUUAAUUGGGUUGAAAAAAAAAUUUUUUUACAAGGAUUUGUUUGAAAAAGGCUUAUAUUGUAGGUGGAAAGAAUGAGUUAUUUUUAUGUUCCGCACCCAUAUAUGCACUGUGACUUGUGAGAUGAGAAAAAAAUAUGCAUUGAUUAAACAAAACAUCUGAAUGAAGUUAGUGAUUGUUUAAGAAUAAAAAUGAGCAAAAAGCA